AUGAGCUUUGGCCCCCCGCGCGAUUUCCGCCCUUCCUUUGUCCCCGUCGGCCGCGGGUCCGACGAGGGCGGCAGGCGCUCGUUUUCCCCGCCGUCUGGGCUUUCCGGCGUCUCGCCCCAGUCUUCGCCCGCGGCGCGAUUUCCGACUCCGUACGUCUUUCCGCCGCCCGUCGAGAAGGGACCGCAGUCGCUGGGCUUCCCAGGCCGCCGAGACAUUCGUCCGCCUUCAGGCGAUAAAGACGGACCGGAUUUCCCCUCAUCCAAGUGUAUGUUGCCUCCGGUCCCCGGAAUGCUUCCUGGCCUCCCCCCGCUUCCGCGCGGCUUGGACUUCCCUGCGGCGGCUGCCUUCGCCGCUGCGGCUGCUGCGGCCGCGGGCUCGGGGCCUCCCGCGCCUGGACUCGUCCCCGGAAUCCCCCCGCCGCCGUUCCCCAACAUUCUGCCGCCGCCAGGCUUCCCGCCACUGCCUUUUCCGGUGCCGAAUCUGGCCUCGGCUGCGGCGUUGAUGAACGCGGGAGAUCGCCACAUGACGCCUGGCGGAGGCUCACCGACUGGUCCGUCUUCCUUCCGUCCACCGCUGCCCGCAGCUCGCCCGUUUGGCGCCUCGGGGGACGCGCGGACGCCCGCGGGCGAGGCGGGCGUUCGGGCGGGUGGCGAGGCGAGGCCUCAGACGCUCGCGCAGGUGCUGCAGGCGAACGGCGAGAAGGCGAAGCUGAUGAAACUGGUGAAGGACGAACUGCGGAAGGAAGGAUACAACUUUGUGCUCUUGAACCUGGCCAUGGAGAAGAUCAAGCAGAAGGGUGGUCCGGACGGCUUGGAGGAAGAGACGAUGCUGGAGUUGUUGAAGGAGGAAGGCCGCGAGCGCAUUCCCGUCUCUGUGAAGAAGCUGCUAGUCACUCUGAUCGAAGCCUUAGACGCGGAAAGCGGGAAGAAAACGGCGUGUCCCGGAGCCGAGGAGCCAGCAGGAGCGGCAGCUCCAGUCGCAGCAGCGGCAGCAGGAGUCGGGACAUGGACCGCGUCCGGUCGAUUUCCCAUUCCCACUCGCCCAGCGAGUCGCAGCUCGCGAGGAAGUUCAUACACCGACAGGCGAAGCAGGAGCCGAGACGAGAGCCAAGAGCGGAGUCGCAGCCGAAGUGGAAGCGAGAGUCGGAGCAGAAGUGUGAGCGAGAGUCGCAGCAAAAAGGGAAGCGAGAGUCGGAGCAGAAGUGGAAGCGAGAGUCGCAGCAGAAGGGGAAGCGAGAGUCGCAGCCGAAGUGGAAGCGAGAGUCGGAGCAGAAGGGGAAGCGAGAGUCGGAGCAGAAGUGGAAGCGAGAGUCGGAGCAGAAGGGGAAGCGAGAGUCGGAGCAGAAGUGGAAGCGAGAGUCGGAGCAGAAGUGGAAGCGAGAGUCGGAGCCGAAGUGGAAGCGAGAGUCGGAGCAGAAGGGGAAGCGAGAGUCGGAGCAGAAGGGGAAGCGAGAGUCGGAGCAGAAGUGGAAGCGAGAGACGGAGCAGAAGGGGAAGCGAGAGUCGGAGCAGAAGUGGAAGCGAGAGUCGGAGCAGAAGUGGAAGCGAGAGACGGAGCAGAAGUGGAAGCGAGAGUCGGAGCAGAAGUGGAAGCGAGAGUCGGAGCAGAAGUGGAAGCGAGAGUCGGAGCAGAAGGGGAAGCGAGAGUCGGAGCAGAAGUGGAAGCGAGAGUCGGAGCAGAAGUGGAAGCGAGAGUCGGAGCAGAAGUAGGAGGCGAAACGGAAGCGCAAGGAAGAAGACGAGAAAAGAGCGGCCGAGGAAAGGAAGAGGAGAGAAGAGGAAGAAGAACACCGAAGAAAGGAGGAGGAGCGGAAGCGACAGGAAGAGGAAGAGAGAAGGAGGAAGGAGGAAGAAGAGAGAAGACGGAAGGAGGAGGAGGAGCGGAAGAGAAAGGAGGAGGAGGAGCGGAAGAGAAAGGAAGAGGAGGAGAGGAAGAGAAAGGAAGAGGAGGAGAGGAAGAGAAAGGAAGAGGAGGAGAGGAAGAGAAAGGAAGAGGAGGAGAGGAAGAGAAAGGAAGAGGAGGAGAGGAAGAGAAAGGAAGAAGAGGAGCGGAAGAGAAAGGCGGAGGAGGAGCGGAAGAGAAAGGCGGAGGAGGAGCGGAAGAGAAAGGCGGAGGAGGAGCGGAAGAGAAAGGCAGAGGAGGAGCGGAAGAGAAAGGAAGAUGGUGAGAAACGCCGCAGAAAAGGAGAGGAUGAAAAACGCCGCCGAAAGGGAGAAGAAGAAAAACGAAGUAGAAAGGACGGCGAGGACAAAAAACGACCUGGAGGUGACGCUGCGGCUGCAGACUCCGGGGCUGCUCAUAAAGAGGCAGAGAAGAAGCGGAAGAGGAAAGAAGGAGAGGAGGAAACCGCGACGAAAAAACACAAGCAUGCGGAAACGGAGAAGCAGAAGCACAGGAGGGGCUCAGCCGGUGGAGAUGACGGGUCGGAGAAGAAGAAAGGAUCGUCUGGCUGGCAAGAAAAGGAGUGAAAAGAAGGAAGCAUCUUCCUCGAAAGGCUCUGCAGACGCGCAUAACGACAAGGACAGGAAGAAGAGAAAGAGAGAGAUUGAGGACGUGAAGGACAAGGGCGACGUGAAGAGCAGCGGGGAGAAGAAGAAGGAAUCGGCAAAGAAAGGCGACGAGAGUCGGACCUCCAGCAAUCGGCGAAAGUAG